AUGGCGCCGCAGUACAUGCCCCUUCCCCUCAUGGACUUCGCAGCGGUGAAGACUUCCAACGCGACCUUCGACUCUCCGGACUGGAAUUGGGCGCGCGAUGGAGGCAUCUUGGAUGGCGAAUACGUCCCGUACAUCUGUGAAGCCAUUCUCAUAAUGCUCAUCUUCGUCCUAUGCAUCCUCGACCACAGAUUCACCAAGCCCUUGCGUGCAGACAGUCAGAACCCAUAUGCCGUGUACGAAGCGGCAGCAGAGCGCGAAUACUCAGACUGGCGCAGCGAGUGGGAGUCCAAAUUUCCAGACCUCUUCAUCGGCCAUGCUAUCUGCACAAUUUGCUUUGAACCUAUCGGCGACCGAGAAAUGAUUCCUACCUUCGCCAUGCUAUCGACCGGCUUCUGA